AUAUUAAUAGCAUCAAUCACCCUUCUCGGUGCGGUCGGCAACGUCUUUAUCAUCAAAAUAUUCCUUCGCCUCGGGAUCUCAGACGGCAUGAAUAUUUCCCUGCUAUCGCUGGCGUUGUUCGAUCUCUUCUAUCUCAUACCUGCGUGCAUCAACUCCGUCAGCGUGAUGCUCCAAGGUGUUGAGGAACUCUCCAGUUUCAAAGUCUGGUUCCCAGUUGACCCUGACGUCGUCCACGUGAUAUCUACCAACAUCGGAGCCUGCUUCUACGCCCUGUCAAUGCUUGUGACAACUUUCAUCACCGUGGUUCGAUGUCUGGCCGUGGUUAGUCCAUUAAAAUAUAGGACACUGCUGUCGCGGACAACUACGGCAAUCAUAAUCUCAUCGUUUGCUGUUGUUUCUGUCCUGUUCGCCGUCGUAUUGUUGGUGUACAUCGGCGUCUUCUCUCAGUUCGUCUCUAAUAUCAACACCACAAGACUGGUUUUGUGGACCUCACCAAAACGCGCUCUAAUCAAAGAUACCAUUUUUGGAAUUAGGGACGUGUUCUUGCCAUUGACUUCGCAAGCAAUAGUUGGCAUAUGCGUCAUUAUAAUGGCCAGCUACCUUCAGAAGGCUUCUAAAUUUCGC